UCUCUUAUAAUUUCAUGUUCUCUUUUGUUCUACGCCAGAUUGGUCAGCAUUACAAGUCAUAAAUUAUUUUCCUAAUUUGUGAAAAAGUAAUACCGAAGAAGUACACGUGGCGACUGUUGAUUAGUACAUACAGCGCCCACAACAGAGCUCAAGGUACACGUGGUAGCCAGCUAUAGGUCAACACAACGUGGAAUGACGCACAAAUCCUUCAAAUACCGACGGGGUUUACUCACCUCGAUGAAAUUUCUAAUUGCUGUAAUCUUAACACUAAUAUUUACACUUCUCGCUCAAUAAAAUCCUCGAAUUCGUAAAUCACCGAACACCAUUUCAUAUCAACAAAUCUCCGAUUGUAUCUAUGAUUUUCAUUUACUUGUAAAAAAAUUUACGAGCAUCGGAGGGGGGUUUUGAGAUGGAGAUUCGGAUGAAGCUCUGCGGUGGUGGUUUUGAUUUGUUGGCAUGGAGAGGAUUUAUGUAUACGAUAUUUAUUCUUAAUUUCGUGUUUUGUUGUCAGCUAAUCCUCCUCCAACCGCUUGUUGCUGCUACAGAUGCAAAAUCUGGUGAUGCUGCUGCUUUAUUCGAGAGAGUUUCACAAAGUAUAAAAAUGAAGAAAUACAGUGAGGCACUUGCCGAACUUAAUUCUGCUAUAGAGGCAGACCCAGCACUAUCAGAAGCUUAUUCGCAUCGAGCAUCCAUUCUUCGUCAGAUAUGCAGAUAUGAUGAGUCAGAGGAGAGCUACAAAAAGUUCCUGGAGUUGAAGCCUGGGAAUUCAGCGGCAGAGAAGGAGCUUUCUCAGUUACAUCAAGCUCAGAGUGCCUUAAAUUCAGCUAACGAUCUUUUUGAUUCAGGAGAUUAUACAAAAGCCUUGGAAUAUAUAGAAAAAGUCGUAAUGGUUUUCUCUCCAGCAUGCUCCAAGGCCAAGUUCCUCAGAGCGAGAUUAUUAAUAGCAACUAAAGAUUAUUCAAGUGCCAUAUCAGAGACAGGAUACAUUCUUAAAGAAGACGACGAUAAUUUAGAUGCUUUACUGUUGCGUGGUCGUGCCUACUAUUACUUAGCCGAUCAUGAUGUUGCCAUUAGACAUUACCAGAAGGGUCUUCGUCUAGACCCUGAGCAUGUUGAACUGAAGAAAGCAUAUUUUGCUUUGAAAAACCUCCUCAAAAAGACUAAAAGUGCAGAAGAUAAUGCAAGCAAGGGUAAGCUUCGACUGGCAGUAGAGGAAUACAAAGCAGCUCUUGCCUUGGAUCCGAUCCAUUCCGCACAUAAUGUUCACCUUCAUCUCGGAUUGUGUAAAGUCUUGGUAAAACUUGGUAGAGGAAAAGAUGCUCUGACAAGUUGUACAGAAGUACUUGAUAUUGACGGAGAUCAAGUUGAAGCUCUAGUCCAGAGAGGUGAAGCCAAGCUUUUAGUGGAAGAUUGGGAAGGAGCUGUCGCUGACCUAAAAUCAGCAGCUGAAAAGUCACCUCAGGAUAUGAGUGUCCGUGAAGUUUUAAUGAAGGCUGAAAGGUCACUGAAACUGAGCCAACGAAAGGACUGGUACAAGAUUUUAGGAAUUUCAAAAACUGCAUCCAUGUCAGAGAUUAAGAAAGCUUACAAGAAGCUCGCCUUACAAUGGCACCCGGAUAAAAAUGUCGACAAUAGAGAGGCAGCAGAAGCCAAAUUUCGGGAAAUAGCAGCUGCAUAUGAGGUUCUGGGCGAUGAGGAUAAACGAACAAGAUACGACAGUGGUGAAGAUAUUGAUGAAGGGAUGGGAAUGGGUGGUGGAGGUUAUAAUCCAUUUGGGGGAGGAGGAGGUGGCCAACAGUACACCUUCCACUUUGAAGGAGGAUUUCCUGGCGGUGGUGGUGGAUUUGGUGGUUUUCAUUUUUAACACCGCCCUUGUGUUUCACCGGAUUGUUUCACCGAGGAUGAUAAGUAGAGGCUUCGAUUAUAUAUUUUUUUUUUAUAAAGAAUAGCAGUUUUGACUAACCACCAUCAAUCAAUAGGUGCAGCUCAUUACAUUUUGUUAGGCCUUUUUAAAUGCUUAUUAUUGCAUAUUAGUAAUUUGCUCUCCGGAAAGUUGAUACAUGGAAAUAACAGUCAGAAAAUUUGUAUGUAUAACAGUCGAUUGAAGGAAAAUUGCAGGCAGCUUGCGUUGAGUAUUA